CUAAAAUUACCCAGAAUUAGCUCAUCUCACUCCUUUUAGAUUCUUUUAAACUUUCUUCAUGUUCCUAACUCUAGACAUUAAAGAUGGUUUCUAGCUGUCAGGCAUUGAAGCUGUUUAACAUUCUUGCUGAUGGAGGGAUGUAGGAGUGUGAUGGCAGCCCUGUCUGAGAACAUGUUGACCGUCAGCAUGUUACUGAAUGUCUUCUUCUUCUCAGGAGUUCAGACUGCCUGUGACAAGGCACCAGACCUCAACAUUACUGCACCAGAGGAGAUGGAAGCUCUGAGUGGAUCCUGUUUGCUAAUCCCAUGUAGCUUUAGAGAGAAACCAGGAAAAAGUUUUGAUGUUCAGAAAGAAACAUUUGGAGUUUGGAUAAAAAGUAAUCCUGUGUUUAAAGUUAAUAAAUUUAAUGUGAUCUACAACAGCAGUAAGCCAAGGAACAGCUAUAACAUGAACAUUACUGGAAACCUGAGAGAGAGGAACUGCACCACUGUAUUUUUUAAUGUAAACUCAAGUCAAACAGAGAAAUACUUCUUCAGGGUUGAGAACAGGCGGUUCAAAGCAACAGCUUCCUGUGAUCCUGUUCAUAUAACAGUUAGAGAUUCAGCUUGGAGCCCCAGGGUUGAAAUCUCAGGUGAUGUGAAGGAGAAGGACUCUGUCACCAUAACGUGCUCAGCUCUCACUCCCUGUCCACAAUCACCUCCUGAACUCACCUGGAAUCUCCAACCAGACUCUCCCAGACAGAUAGAGGAGAACACAGAUGGAACGUUUAGAACUAAAAUCCAGCAGAUCAUCACUCUGUCAGACACACAUGAUGGAUACAACAUCAUCUGUUCUGUCAGAUAUCCUGUGGAUGGAGGAAAACACAGCAAGACAGCAAAGACAGAAGUGACUCUCAGUGUUUCCUAUGCUCCCAAAAACACCUCAGCAUCCAUCAGUCCAUCAGCAGAUAGCUGGGUGUACCUGAACUGCUCCAGCAGAGCCAACCCCCGCGAUUGA